AUGAAAUUACCAUCUAAAUUUGAAUCAUUUUCUCGGUUAAAACUUAUUAAAAUUGCAAUAUUCUUAUCAAUUUUUACAAUUUUAUGGAAUUUAGCUGAAGGGAUAGUCUCGGUAUUUUUCGUUGCUUCUUCAUGUGUGGUGUUAUGGAGAUUUUUGAAAAAAGAGGCAGAUUUUCGUAAAGAAGAUUCUACUGAUAACUUAAUAGCUAUUGAAAGAAAGGCAACAAUUGUAAUCGGUACAUUAUUUGUUAUACUUGCUAUUGGAACAUUUGCGGAUGCAAUUUAUACUUUAAUGAAAAAUGGAAAACCUGAUACAGCUUUAGCAGGUUUAAUAAUUUCAUCUAUUUCAAUAUUUUUUAUGGCACUUCUUUGGCUUUCAAAACUUUUAGUUGCUAAAUUACUCAAUUCUUCAACAAUGAUGUCAGAUGCGAAGUGUACUUUAUCAUGUAUUCAAGUUACUCUUGUUAUACUUUUUGGUAGUUUGAUCUAUUCUGUUUGGAGUGGUGGUUGGUGGGUAGAUUCUGCUUCUGCUUUAAUUUUAGGUAUAUUUUUUGCAAAAGAAGGAAUAGGAAUGAUUAUUUGGGCGAAGAGUAAAAAUUUCGAUGGUGGUUGUUGUAAAAAUGAUUCCAUCAAAAAUAAUAACCGUGAUGAUAAUUGUUGUGGGAGUAUUAAUGAUUGUAAUAACAAAGAAUGUAAAAUCACAAUAUCAUCUGAAAAAAUUGCUGAAGAUAAUGUUAAUUAA